CCUUCCCUGCCUCGCAUUUUCUCUUUCACUUUAUAUAAAUUCUCACUUUUGCAUGUGAAUCAUCAAAAUUUUUGGAUCACUCUUUUUCUAAAACAAAUGGCAGAAACAAACCUUUCUUCAUCAGAAUUUGAGAGCUGCAGCAGCCAUAAUCAUAGCUCAAACUCCCCAGCUUCUUCUUCUUCUUCUACUUCCAAUGGUGAAUCCAUGGAAGAUAACAGCAAAGCCAAAAGAUCAUCAAUCAGCAAACACCCGAUCUACAGAGGGGUGAGAAUGAGGAGUUGGGGCAAAUGGGUGUCCGAAAUCCGUGAGCCCCGCAAGAAAUCCCGCAUUUGGCUCGGCACUUUCGCUACCCCAGAAAUGGCAGCGCGCGCUCAUGAUGUAGCAGCUUUAAGCAUCAAAGGUGACUCCGCGAUUCUCAAUUUCCCUCACCUUGCAAUUUUGCUUCCUCGACCAGUUUCAUUAAUGCCUCGCGACAUUCAAGUCGCCGCCGCUAAAGCUGCAUCCAUGGUCAAUUUCAAUACUUUACCUUCAUCAUCAUCAUCUUUGUGUGAGCCCAAUGCCUCGGAACAAGCUGAUGAACUGAGCGAAAUUGUUGAGUUACCCAAUAUAGAAUGCAGCUUCCAGUCGUUAUUUGACUCACAAGGCGAGUUUGUACCUGUUGACUCGGUUGAUGGGUGGGUUUAUCCUCCACAAGAUUUCUAUGGAGGGUUUUCUGAUCAGAUAUGGAGUUGUGAGAAUUUAAUUCCUGCCAACUUUGAGCCUUCCGUGUGGGAAUAAUUUGGUGCUUUUUAUUUUUAGUUUUUAUCAUAUUUUUCUUCCUGUAAUUUUAUGGGGAUUUAAGAAUUUGUCUGCCUAUUUUUGCUAACAUGUGACUUGCCACUUGUUUGUAAUAUAAUUCGCACCAUUUCACAUAA